GUUGAGCCAGGCCUGGGUUGAGCCCUAGGCACUGAUUUUAGUCCUAAUUUAUAUAACAUAGUUAGGGUUAUAAUCAUAUCUUUUAUUCAGAAUAAUAAAAUUUGGAUAAUUGAUUCUUAUGGUCAGGUGUCUUGAACAUUUAUUAUUAUGUUGCACUUCAUAAUUUUUAUUGCUUAGUGAUUAUUUGAUAUAUUGAUCAUUUUUUAGUGACAUAAAUGGCAAAUACAAGGUCAAUCAGGAUUAGUCCGACCCUGACAAAAAUCAAGGCCAAGCUGACCCAAUCAUUGUUAUUAAGGUUGGGUUGUUUACCAUGAGCCCUGCAAAGUUAGGCCUAGAGAUGAGCCUGGCAAGAUUGGAUUGGGCUGGCCCAAAUGAAUUUGGGGACCUAGGGUUAGGCUGGGGUUUUAAGAAACCCAGCCCUGUUUCAUCCCUACUUCUUUCAUACCAUAAUAGGUAAAAUCCUAAUUAGUUAACCCAAUUUAAAAUUAAUAAGAAAGAAGAAAAAACCAUUUGAAAAUUUAAAUCUUAAAAAGACAGAAAGUUCUAAAGAACAAUAUGCCCAAUUGACUUCGUUCUCUAGUAAAAUCACUGAAAAAGUUUCUUUGCCUUCAGUUAUGAGCCUUGUUUGAUUAAGAUCGACAUGAAUCAUAUAGAAGGCUGAUGUCCCUGGUGAUUAAUAAAAACUUCUAUCUAAUGUCCUUGGUGAUUAAUAAAUUUUCCACUAUAGGUAUGAUUAAUUUGUAGCAAUCGGACAGUCGAGCUAGCUAAAUUGUAUACAAAUAUAGGAGGUAAUUUUGGGUUGCAAUUGGUAUUGAUUCUUGAAAUAGAUUUUAGGUCUAGACUGCAUUCUUAAACAAUAAAAUAAAUAAAAUAAAAAUUAAUUUCAAAAUAUCUUUUAAACCCAAAAUCUAUUCUGAAAAUGCAUAACAAACAGUACUUUGGCAAUCCUAUGGGGUACAACAUGUUAAAGAAGUUCUAAAGUAACCAAAACUAGCUGGUCUUGGUAAUGUUGAAACCAACUCUCAUCUCUAGAAAUAAAUACACAUAACAAUAAAAGAAUAACCCAGUGCACGAGGCUCCUGCUAUUGCAGGGUCUAGGAGGGCAAGUGCACGCAGCCUUACCCCUGCUUCGCAGAAGAGGUUGUUACCAAGUUAACUUGUUAAAAGACAAGAAACAAUUAAUGUCAUCCUUUGAUGGAUAUCCAUGGUGAUCCCCCUCUUGGUUCAGGGCAUUUUAGAUGAUAUUUGUUUCAUUUCAAAUGAGUUUUCAAACUGUAAUUUUUCCUUUGUUUCUAGGGAGUCCAACUUUGUGGCCGAUUUGUAGGACAGUGUGGCCGUUAACCACUCUGUAGAUGGAGGAUCUAUGUAUACUAACUCUUCUUCUUCAUGCUGCACACAUAUUAAUGAAUAGCCCUCUUUCUACGAAAAAAAACUAUAAUAUAUUAGAGUUCAUACUAAAAGUGUCUAAAACAUCCAGAAAUUGAGAAAACAAUUGUUUCUUUAAUCAAUAUUCUCUUAAUAACUUAUUGGACACAAGUCCAUUAUGAGUCCAUUACCAAAAAGUCUAUUAUGAUAAUGGACUAUCACCAUGACAUCUCUCAGAUAAAAUAAAAUUUAACAAAAAAAAAAAAAAGCAAGAAAAAGCCAAACUCAGCGCAUAAUGCUAUGGUGAUGAGGUCGAACCCAUCAAUGUCUCUUUCACUUCCAAACCCAAAUGCUAAAAGUCAGGAGAAAAAAAAAUUAAGUUUUUAAAGUCAAGCAUUAAGUAGCGACUACAAAACACAGAAAUCUCCAAGAGUAUAUCUCUCUACUGAAACUAUGGAUUUUCAUCCAUGGAAGGCUAUGGCAGCAGUUGUUGCAUUUAUCGUUCAAAUAUGCUUAUCAGCUAAGAUUUUGGAGGCUUCACUCUUAGAUUCUGAUCAAAUCGACAAGUUACCUAGGCAACCAGAGGUUAGUUUCCAACAGUUUUCAGGAUACAUCACAGUGGAUGAAAAGAAAGAAAGAGCUCUUUUCUAUUACUUUGUUGAGGCAGAAACAGACCCAGGUUCAAAGCCCCUUGUUCUCUGGUUAAAUGGAGGGCCAGGUUGUUCUUCUGUUGGAGUAGGAGCCAUCUCUGAACAUGGGCCUUUUAGGACAAGUGGAGACAGAUUGGUCAAAAAUGAAUAUAGCUGGAACAAAGGAGCAAACAUGUUGUACUUGGAGACACUAGCAGGAGUUGGGUUCUCUUACUCUAUUAACACCUCUUAUUAUGGGGGGGUAGAUGAUGAGAUGACUGCCAGGGACAAUCUCAUCUUCCUGCAGCAGUGGUUUGUCCAGUUCCCUGAAUGCAGAAGUGGGGACCUGUUUGUCACAGGGGAAAGCUAUGCUGGUAAUCUUAGCUAACCUUCCAACUCUUUAUCAUAUCUGAAUGAGCAUAGGGAUAUUAAAGAUAGAUUUUUUAUUGUAUUUUUGGUUAACAGGCCAUUAUAAGAGUGGUAUUGUUUUUCAA